UUUUUCUAUCUUCAUAAAACGUAUUCUAUUUUCAUACAAAAAUAAUAAAAAUAAUUCAGAGAAUACCGUUUAUUAAAAAAAAAUUGUUUAUUUUAUACUUGUCAAUUUGAUCCAUGAGAUUUUUUCUCUACACGAUACUAAAGUAAGCUGGGAGAGUGGGACUUCGGCAAUUGUCGGGAGGUGUUCGGCAAAACUCGUUCGCCUAUGGAUAUUCUAGUGAAAUAGAACUAUACUGAAAACUGUCAUGGCGUCGACGUGCAAAUUGUAAACAAACUGUGGUUAUUUCGAAUGUUUUCUAAUCAUGAGUAGAAACAAGGAAAAAGAUUUCGAUUGGUAUUCAAAAGAAAAUGUAUCUGACCAGGAAGAUUUCGAGCUUUCUGGAGAAAGCGACGAUAAUAUCGAACAAGUUUCGAAUGACAGUUCCACUGAACAAUCAGGUUCCGAGAGUGAGGACAUUAGCUGCAAUGAUACUAGUGAAAAGUUUUUCAUAGGCAAAGAUAAAACGACAAAAUGGUUUUCUUCUCCUGAAAAUAAAAAAGUAAAAACCAGAAAGCAUAAUAUUGUCAUCAGGUUGCCAGGAGUUAAAACUGCUGCCAAAAAUGCUCAAAGUAUUCUCGAGUGUUGGGAAUUAUUUUUUACUAAAAAUAUGAUUGAAAAAAUAGUUAAUUUCACAAAUAUUCAACUUGAUAAGCUUCGAAGAAAUUAUAAAAACGCAAAAGAUGUUCGUCCGACUUCUGAAAUUGAAAUUAGAGCCGUUCUUGGUUUGUUGUAUAUGAUUGGUGUAAAAAAAGGCAAUCAUGUGAAUUUAAAAGAAUUUUGGGCUUCAGACGGAACAGCACCGGAUUUUUUUCGAGCUUCAAUGAAUCUUCAGCGGUUUUAUGUUUUGAUUAAUGCAUUGCGUUUUGACAAUAUUCAUACUCGAGAUGAAAGAACGAAAUUGGAUAAAUUAGCGGCAAUACGAGAGAUCUUUGAUAUGUUUAACGAUAAAUGUAAAGAAUGCUAUACACCUGGUCAAUAUUUAACAAUUGAUGAAAUGCUGGAAAGUUUUCGAGGGAGGUGCAGUUUCCGUCAAUAUAUGCCAAAGAAACCAGCAAAAUAUGGUCUAAAAAUGUGGGCUUUGGUGGAUUCUCGUUUAUUUUACACCUCCAAUAUUGAAAUUUACGGAGGAAAACAACCGAAUGGACCUUUUAAUAUUUCUAAUUCCGUAGAUCAAGUUGUUAAACGUAUUUCCGCUCCAAUUUUAGGCACAGGUAGAAACAUUACGAUGGAUAACUAUUUUGCAUCUAUACCAUUGGCUGUUGAUUUAUUAGAUCACCACAGAACAACUGUUGUAACAACUUUGCGCAAGAAUAAAAGAGAAAUACCUCCUCAAUUUCUUCAGACCAAAGGAAAGGCUGUGAACUCUAGUAUGUUUGGUUUUACUGAAAAAUGUACUUUAGUUUCAUAUGUUUCAAAAAAAAACAAAAAUGUGCUGAUGUUGUCUUCCCUGCACAAUUCUGGUGAUAUCGAUAAGGAUAGUGGACAAAGAAAAAAACCUGAGAUAAUUACCUUUUAUAAUUUAACGAAAGGAGCUGUAGACGUUGUCGAUGAAUUAAAAGGUACCUACAGUGUAAGUCGAGAAACUCGUCGCUGGCCUAUGGUAAUAUUUUAUGCCUUAUUAAAUAUUGGUGGAAUAAAUUCCCAAAUAAUUUAUCGAGAAAACACUGAAAACAAAAUAACUCGUCGCUCUUUCUUGAGCCAGUUAGCAAAAGAUCUUGUUAUUCCUUUUUUAAAAGUCCGAGUAAUGGAGCCUUCAUUAAAUCUUGAAUUACGAUCACUAAUUAAACGAAUAGGAAACAUUAGAAUUGAAGAAGCAGUCAAGACAUCCCAAGGAUUUUGUGAAUUUUGUCCUCGAAAACUGAACAAGAAAACAAAAAAACGAUGUGUUACUUGCUCUCAAUUUAUAUGCCCAUCACACACUUUGCUGUACUGUGAUGAUUGUUAUAAUGUUUGAUUUAAUAGAGUAAUACGAAUAAUAAGAUUUUAAAUCUAUUCUUUUGCUUUAAAAAUUUAUAUUUGUUUAAAAUGUAAAUGUUUACAAUUUCGUAAAAACGAUGUAAAAUACUAUUUAAUAAAUUCUGAAUCUUCUUAAAUUUGCAUUAA